AUGCUCGUCGUGGAAUCUUCGAAGUCCAUGAGCAUGUCUACAAAGUCGAAUACGGCAGUUAGAUGGUUCGACCUUUCGGCUACAAGUGGGCUUCUCGUUGACCCUGUGGAGAGCGAAAUUCGAUCUCAAGGUUGGGAUCGGUAUGAUAUGACUGAGGGUGGAGUUGGAUGUCGAUGGUGGAUCAUGACGGUCAUGCGCGGACUCGCUGACGAAGGUUUCGUUAAUGGAGAGUCCAACAGCCUAUCCAUCAUUCAACAUUCUCAACGUUCCAAUUCAGCGACUCCGCUUCGAGCAAAAAUGUCCGACUCGAGCGGUCCACGACCAGCAGACACCGAGGCCCGCAACGAGACUGAUACUCAAAACAACAACACCGCAGAACCCGAACGUUCUACUCACGACCAAACCGCUACCCAGCCCACAAACUUCCACAUCCGCAAGAAAUCCACGGAAGAAGUGAAAGCUGCUGCCGCCGAACUCAAACCCAGUAUGCUUACCCCCGGCCUAAAACAGCACCCGGAUCAAGCCAGCCUCGGCGGCAAAGAGUGCGCAGCUCCAAUGGAAGACACACCCGAGAACAUCAAAGAUAGCUGGAAGAGAGAUUCAUUUUUUAAACCGGAGGCUCGGACCCCGAUAGGAUCGAUGACGGUGAAGCAUAUCGACGAAGGCACGAUUUUGUAUCAUUGUGGAACGUGUAGGGAGUGCAAUACGCCGAAUCGGGAGAAGUUAUUAUUGUAUCGGCUGGUUUCUGGGUUCUGGGUUGAGGCAUCAUUUUGCUACUUUGCCAUGUCCACCUUCGAUGAGGAAUCCCAUUCCAACAGAGAAGACACCCAGCAAGACUCAGAGCACCCCUAUUCGCGCCGUUCCCCCGAGCAACUGCACAAUGAAACAAGCUCAAAAACGAGCACUCUUACCUCCGCCCUCAAACACCAACCACCCAUUUCAACACCCGACCCUUCAACACCGGACCCUUUAACACCCGACCCACCAACCCCCAUACCCACCACGACGAAACUCAAGCCCUCAGUUACAAACUCCUGGACAGAAAACGCUUUCAAGAAGGCCAAAGCGGAACGUGGGAGACCAAGGCGGGAAGAAGAUAAGGCGAUGCGGACGGAGAGGGCAGCAAGGGAGCAUCAGAUCAUGAGUGAGGAGGGGCUGACGGUAAUUGCAUGUGCCGGUGAAACAAGGGCUAGCUUGUUUCAUCGAAAGUAG